CCCCUCUCCCUCCCCUCUCCCUCCCCGUCCCUCCCCCGUCCCUCCCCUCUCCCUCCGUCCCUCCCCCGUCCCUCCCUCUCCCCGCGGGCAUUGCCGGACGGCGGCGAUGGCGGCGAUUCGCAGCGUGAAGGGGCUGGUGGCGCUGGUGACCGGCGGCGGCUCCGGUCUGGGCCGGGCCACGGUGGAGCGGCUGGUGCAGCACGGGGCGCGCGUGGUGCUGCUGGACCUGCCCGCGUCCCGCGGGGGCGAGCUGGCCCGGGAGCUGGGCGAGCGCUGCGCCUUCGCCCCCGCCGAUGUGACCUCUCCCGAGGAGGUGGGCGCUGCUCUGGCCCUGGCCCAGCAGCAGUUCGGCCGCCUGGACCUGGCCGUGAACUGCGCCGGCAUCGGCAUCGCCGUCAAGACCUACAACAGCAAGAAGGACAAAGUGCACGAGCUGGAGGAUUUCCAGAGGGUCAUCAACGUGAACCUGGUGGGGACCUUCAACGUGAUCCGCCUGAGCGCGCGGCUGAUGAGCCACAACCCGCCCGACGCCGACGGCCACCGCGGGCUGGUGGUCAACACGGCCAGCGUGGCCGCCUUCGAGGGCCAGGUGGGACAAGCCGCCUACUCGGCCUCCAAGGGCGGCAUCGUGGGCAUGACGCUGCCCAUCGCCCGGGACCUGGCGCCGCUGGGCAUCCGCGUGGUGACCAUCGCCCCAGGGCUGUUCUCCACCCCGCUGCUGGCCGGCUUGCCCGAGAAAGUUCGCAAGUUUUUGGGGCAGCAGGUGCCGUUCCCCUCGCGGCUGGGGGAUCCCGCUGAGUACGCUCACCUGGUGCAGGCGCUGGCCGAGAACCCCAUGAUCAACGGGGAGGUGGUGAGGCUGGACGGGGCCCUGCGCAUGCAGCCCUGAGCCUGGGGGACCCCCCCCGCCCCCUCCCCAAAUUGUGGGGACGGAGAGCAGGGAUGGACGCUGCGGCUGGACGCUCUGCGGGGACACUCCAGGAUGGGACAAGGACUGGGGGCACCGAGUGAGGGGGGACGGUGUGUGAGAGGACACGACCCCACCCCGAGUGGGGACAGCACACCCCGGGAUUUGGGGACACCUGGGAUUUGGGGACACCCCGGGAUUUGGGGACAAACCCCAGCGAUAAGGCCCCUCAGGAAAUUGGGGACACCCCGCGGUGGGGACCCAGCUCAGGUGUGGGGGGUCCAUCCCGAGCCCCUCCCGGGUGUGGGCAGCUCCUCGAGUCCCCCCCGGGUCCCUCUGUGCCUCUCCCAUCGCAAUAAAACGUGUUCGCCC